CCUAACAAGUACUUCAAGCUAAUUGCCACACCCAUAACGAUAUGGACGAAAUUCCCGCCGCCUCGAACGAAGAAAUCCUGUCGGCCAUCCACGUCUUACAGCGCCGGGUCGACACCUGCACAUCGACGGUUCAACAACCCAAACCCAUCCCAACAUUCAAGAGCGAAGGGAACAAACAACAGUUUGAACACUCUAAAAAGGUCAAAAAAUUGAUUGAGAGAGGCAUCGUCCUAAACGAGCAGGGGGAUUUUGACACGACAGCGCUAACCCUGAAGGAAGCACUACGAGAACUCAAUGACAGGCAAAAGUUGAUAAGAAUCGCUGAUCGGUCGCCACUCGGAUGGUCAACCGUAAACGAAUAUGUCGCCGAUGAACUUGCCGACGACUCCGGCGAUGAGAAGCGUCUUGGAAAGGCGGAGAAAGCCGCUUCUGCAAAAAGAGCGGAAUCCGCGGCCGAAAAGUCGACCCGGGGAAGGCCCCGCCCAUACCCUCGCCCUGUUCAACGCCCUCUUGGUUCUUUUCGCCGCUUCCCGGCCACCUUCAUACCAAACUUUCAGCGCCGCUAUGAUAACCGUGUCUGCUUCCAGUGCGGCAUCGCCGGUCACGUGCGUACCAGUUGCCCAGCUAUCGGAGCCAGUCGACAGCCAAUACGCCAGCAACCAGGGCCCCCAGGCGUCACCCAAGGAAUCCUUUAGAGUGAAGCUACCACCAGGAGUCAAAGAAGAAUGGAGCAAGCUGUCCUCCCCACUCCAGGACCCAUCAUUACAAGCCUUGGCAGUCUAUGAUCUUCCUUCACUCCUGAUGACUGCCAAGGCAUCUUCAACCACCAAGCAAUAUCUUCAUUCUUGGAAAAGAAGGGAGGGGCAACUGCAGCUUUAAACGCCUAUGUCUCACCUUUUCUGAUUUCAAGGCACGGACGAUGGUAGUCAACAAAGGCCAGGAACGUUUAUUUACAACCCGACGCCAAGUCUGACCUCAUACCUUCACAGAGCCUCGGAAUUUGAAUCACUAUCGUUCAUAUUUGACUAUCUAGCAAUUAUAUUCGUAGUAUAUUGCCAACAAUUUCAUUAUUUUACAUGUAUGUUUACAUGACACCUACAAAACUCUUAUCCAAAAUACUUGUAGGUGCACAGUUUUUCAUAAACAAGGAACAGGGAGUGCGCCCUCGUUCAGUUCCCUUGGUCGCAACCACGUUUCCUCCAAAAAAUAACAAAUACAUUGGGGGUUGUUCGUGGCCUCCGUAAACUAGUGUCCAACACUAGCUAGGCACUGGACGCCUUGUUUUCCAUUUUCGCUAGGUUUAUCCUUUAAAAAAAAUAUAUAUAUAGAUAAAUCGCACGAUUAGCUUCCACCUAACAAAAUUGAUGUAUAUAUUUCGUGCGCAUGUAAUGCUUUCCGUAGGCGCCUAAAUACAGCCUACCUGUUUUUUUAUUUUUUUAUAAAAAGAAUGUCACUUAAAAGUACAUAUUCAAACGUGUCUCAUGUUUACUGUUUACAUUACACGUCGUGUUAUUAUCCAUCAAAUUGAAAGAAGAAUUUGUAAAAAGAAGAAGUGUAAACAAAAAUAAAGAAGAGUCAAGAGCCAGUACUGCUCCGUACCAAUCUGUUCACCAA